AUGGCUCCCACUCUGGAUUCCGCGCCGAUUGCCGCAGGCAACACGGCCGUCAAUGCCUGCUCCACGCCCAAAGCUAUCAAGUCCGAGAUCGACGCUGAGCCCGACAUCACACCCAUCCGCACAAACAUUGCAUCUCCCGAAGACUCCGAAAGCAAGGUCCCCGCCUUUGACUCCGAACAACCCGACUCCGACAAACCAAAGAUUAAUGCUCAGCCUGCUUACGAACAGGAGGCAUUCACUUGGCUCUCGUUUACUAUCAGCUGCGACAAUGGGCUUUCAUUUGUAAAGGUCAAAGACUUGGAGGACAGCCUUCUUCGAACCUUUCCUGACGCACGCAUCAGCUGCCAGAAAGACGAUCCAGAAGGAGAACAAGAAAAGACGUCUUGA